AUGACGAUCAAAACUGUUGCGAUUGCCGGAGGUUCUGGCUCACUGGGAAAGCCCAUAAUUAAAUCACUCGUCUCAUCUGGAUUCGAGGUCACGGUUCUUGUUCGGGACGGGAAAAAGUCCUCUUUCACAACCCCCGUGAAGACAGUAACAGUCGACUAUGCAUCACACGAGAGCCUUGUUUUCGCUCUCCAGGACAUCAAUGCCGUGGUCUCCGUUUUGAAUGGCCCAGGCCUUGAUGCGCAGCCUGUGCUUCUCGAUGCAGCUAUCGACGCUGGUGUCUCCAGAUUCAUACCCAGUGAAUUUGGCGCAAAUACGUACAUUCAAAAGACGUCGCAGAUCCCAAUCUUCCAGGGCAAGAUUGCGUUCCAGAAAUUGCUUGCCCAAAAAGCAGCAGAACACCCCAGCUUAUCCUAUUCAUUGGUCAUUCAUAAUCCACUCUUUGAUUUCUGUUUAGCCGGUGGGCUGCUUUGUGAUGUUAAGAAUCGGGAUAUGACCAUUUAUGAUGGCGGCGACAAUAAGUUUUCGACUACUUGCUUAUCUGACCUUGGAACCGUUGUUGUCGGAAUUUUGAAGAAUCCUGGACAGACGAAGAAUCGGGCAAUCUUCGUUGAGGGUGUCAAUUUGACACAGAACAAGUUGUUGAGUAUCUUGGAAAAGGUUACUGGGUCGAAGUGGACGAGAAAAGAAGAAAGCAUCUCGGAUCUGAAUACCGCUAUGUAUGCUGAAUUGAGCAAGGAGCAGCCAAAUCCUGGUGUCUUUGUUCCGGGAUUCUUGAAGGUUGCGAUUUUCGGUGGAUCUGCUUAUGGCGCCGACCUGAACGAGCAAACACCUGGUUUGGAUAACAAUGUUGUGGGCCUGAAACCAUACAAUGAGAACGACGUGGAAGAAAUCAUCAAGGCCAUUGUUGCUUGA